ACUUACGUCUAUAUCACGGUGUCAGGCUGACGUGCUGCUUGUUAUUAUGCAUUGAAAAAAUGCUGAAAAUAGUGAUAUAUAUAUUGACUAAUUUGUAUAUCAUCUGAGAAUAUGACGCAUAAUGUUAGUCAGUGGGUUAUUAUCUGUUGUUAUUGAUUUUUUUGUUGGUCAUUUUAGCUCACAAUGUGCAAUAGUCGAGUGAAAUGACAGUGACAGUAAAGAAAAAAAAAUAGAAAGUUUAAAUAAAAUUUAAGUAACAGCAGACAAUGACAUAUCUUAAAAAAUAUUAAUUAAGUAAGUCAAUGAAUUUAUCUACUUAUACCCAUUGAUUAUUAAAAAUAAAAUUUGUAAAUCAUGGAUUUUAAUGUACCAGACACACCUACAGAUAAUUUGUAUCUUGCUCUAAUUCAAUGUUUUGCUAUAAUAUUAUGUGGAUAUAUUGCUGGAAGACUUGAAAUAAUAUCAAAACCAGAAGCUAAUGGCCUAAACACAUUUGUUGGAACAUUUGCUCUACCAUCAUUAAUAUUUUUGUCCCUAGCAAAGCUUGAUUUUUCGUUAGUUAAUUGGAAAUUUUUAUUAGCUGUUUUUCUUGCCAAAGCAUGCGUAUUUUUUGUAGUACUAGGUGUGUCUCUAAUAGUAACACGACCAACGAAUCCAGGACGUGCUGCGUUGUUUGCAAUUUUCGCAACACAAAGCAACGAUUUUGCGAUUGGAUAUCCAAUGAUUGAUGCUCUCUAUGGUGAUACUCAUCCAGAAUAUGCCGCUUAUCUCUAUUUAAUGGCGCCAAUAUCGCUGGCUAUUUUAAAUCCAGUCGGUUUUGUUUUAUUGGAAGUAGGAAAGCGUCGUACUGGUGAUCAACAAUCAGGAUGGAAAUUAGUCGGUUCAAUAGUAAAAGGCAUAGGACUAAAUCCAAUAUUAUUUAUGACAGUAUUGGGAAUUGUAGGAAAUUUUGUAUUCAGCCAUCAAAUCCCGAAAAUAUUAUCAGUUAUAUUGGAUGUAUUUGGUAAUGCAUUUUCAGCGAGCGCAUUAUUUUUACUUGGUCUAAUGAUGGUAGGAAAAGUUCACACUCUAAAAGGUCCCGCACUUGUCAUACCAGGAAUACUGAUAUCCGUUAAACUGCUGGCACUUCCUAUGAUAAUAAGAGAGUCAGUCAUUUUACUAAAUGCCGGAAUUAAUGAAACAGAUACCAGAGAUUUAAGUACAUAUGGAUUUUUGUAUGGAACGAUUCCUACGGCACCCGCACUAUUUAUCUUUACAUUACGAUACAAUGUGGACAUUGAUCUUAUUGCUUCUUCUAUGGUUGCCUGUACUUUUCUAUCAGCUCCAUUGAUGUUUGUAUCCGCAAAAUUAAUCACCGCAAUUAAUGACGGCGUGUCACCUGCCAAGUAUGCCCAACAAUUGAAUGCAUUCUCGAUGGAUGUGAGUGUCAUUUCAAUAGCUGCUUGCUUAUGGCUUCUUGUCUGCUUCCUGGUUCUCGCUGGCAAAAGAUAUAAGCGCCCAACUCAUCGAUGUACAUUGUACUUGGUCAUCGCCCAACUGGCCGUUGGUGUUGGUGUCAUAAUAUGGACUAAACUCGAGGCCAAAGAAGUUGGUUCUUUUCUUUGGUAUGUUCAGUUUGUCCUUAUCACUGUCGGCGUAUAUGCAAGCAGAAUGUGGACAGUUGUGUUGGCAGGGACUCUGUUGUUUCUAAGUUCUCGAACGCUAACGUUUGUACAAAGUAUGCAGAAGUGGAUUAUGCCUAUUGGCUUUGCUGUACCUGUAUUAACUGUAGGACUUAUGUGUCUUAUAAUAUCACCAAAAAAUCCUGAUGAUAUUGACUUGAGAAAUCCGAACUUCCAGUUUGGUAGAGUACAAGCUGCUGUUUCAAUAUUUAUCCUCUUAUUUUGCUUUAUAGUGACACUUGGAUGUUUGGUACUGCAACAACGAUAUCAAAGACGCCAUCAUGCUGAAGUUUAUGCUAGUCUUGUAAAUAAUACUGAUAAUGCAGAAUCGACUAUGGUAGAAAAUAGAAAUGUUAUUGACGUAGAAGAUUUAGUAUCUCCUGGGACAACAUUACCAGCAGGUAACUGUCUAUUAGACAGCAGCUGCAGUUUCCAACGCACUGGAUGCAGUCAGAAUGACUUGAUUGAUGAACAAGAAUUAGACUUUGAGACUGAAGAAUUGCGAGUGGAUUCAGAUGAUCCCCAAUUACUGAGACACUUAGUUCUCCUUAUAUUUCUUUUAUGCUCCAUGUUCAUUGGACUAGCAUUGUCCGUUGGUACAAUGAUAAUGGAACAAAUGACCGGCGUGUAUGCAGAACUAGCUUUUCUUGACGUUGCAUUUAACUACGGGCAAUCAUUGAUAGUAUUUGUAAUAUUUGGCCUGGACCCAGGUCUUGGAAAAUUAGGAGACUGGCUAAAGAAAGCUUGUAAAGAGUGGCGUGCUCGCCAAAAGUUGCAGCUACCAGAUGAAGAAUCACUCAGCCCGGAAACUAAAACAAUACGCGAACAAUUUCGUCAAUGUCAUUUGCACGAAUGUCGUCAGAGAAUUUCCAACUGCCGGAGACGGCUGCUAAAAGUGUACGAGGGCGUAUUUUCGGGUAGUGAUCUUGUUGACUGGCUGUUAGAACAACGACUAGUACAGAAUCGAGAAGAGGCUGUACAAUAUGGACGUUGCCUUCUUGAAAGUAGAGUUUUACAUCAUAUUGAUGGUACUCAUCAUUUUCACGAUAAAAAUAUUUUAUAUACUUUUCGGGGCUAAUUGUUAUUACUAUUAUAGUAUAGAUUUAUAUAUAUAUUAGAUGAUUAUUUUAUUGUUAAUUGUUGUUUAAAUUUAAUCAAUUAUUUUCCAAAGAAUAUGCGAGUAUUAAUAAUUUCAAUAGGUUGAUUUUGUUUUAUUAUACGUUGAUUUUAUUUAUUAAUCAUUUUACCUGGACCGGGUGUCAGUGACUGAUUAAAAUAGAUACAGGAUGAGAUUGUGCUUCAAUAUGAAUUCACUUUCAUAUACUUCCGAGUAAUUGUUUAAUUAUUUGCCCAUUAGAUCUCUUAUUCGUGAACAAAUGUUUUUAUUUACCUCAGAUAUUUAAUUAAUUAUUGAUAAAUCUGCAGGACAGAUCAAUGAACAAUCAUAUUUUUUGUCAGUACAUAAAGUAAAUACAUAAAUAAUAAUAAUUAUUAUUAUUACUAUACAUAUACUGUAAUAAUCGAGCACAAUUAUAAUUUAAUUGACGCACCCUUUUAAAUAAUAAUAGAAAGUAUUGUUGUUGGUUGAAAUUACCACUUGAUAAUAUGAAGGCUGUGUUAAACACUAGACAAUAUUUGCUACAUAACAGACAGUUUAUAUUUAUUCUCAUAAAAAUAAUAAAAAGUAUUUAAACAAUUUU